AUGACAUCUGCUAAAGGCAACAUAUUUGAUCAAUACAAAUGCAUUGAGGUGUACAAUGCUUUGGAUGAUGGACAGUUUGCAGAAGCCGUUUAUAAAGCAAAUGAAUUACUAUCAGCUGGACCACUUCCAUUGGCAAGUGCCCUCAAAACCUUGGCAUUAUUCCGACUAGGUCAUCGCGAGGAAGCAGAUCGUGAGGCCACGAAACUAUUGCAAGGAAGUGUCGAUCUAAACGUAUUGUCUCCUCUCGAAUAUGUGCUUCCACGUAUUGGAAAGACACAUCAGCUAGCAGAUUUGUACAUGGCUGCAAGUAAUGCUCACCCAAAAGACGACCAGUUAGCUGACGGUGCAUUGGUCGUUCUUGUGAAGGCCGAAAUGUUCCAACGUGCGUCGCAAAUGCUCUUAAAGAGGUUCCGUUCAAGCAAAAAUGCACAGGAUUUUUGGCGCUACAUUCAAGUCGCCAUACUUUAUUCACAGCGGGUCAAGCCGCCAGGUUCUAAGCUUACGUUGGACAUCGCCCUACGUCUUUUGAACGAGCAACAGCUGACUGCACAGAGUUUUACAGCGGAAACCUUUUCCCUGUACCUGAAUUUCUUCAUUUUAUUGGGCGAAUCUCGGCUAGCUCAAGCGUUAGAAAUGCUUAAACUGGCCCCCAUUCAAGAACUUGUGAACAAAGAUCUCGGAAUACAGUUCCAGGUCCGCGAGUGCUGGAAGAUUUUAGAUGAUAAGCAAAGCAUUCUCAGUGACUGUCGAACGCGCAUUAUGAAGGGCGACCGAAACUGGGCCGUCAUCUCUCUUUUCACCGCAACUAUGGCUGAAUUAGCUCAUGGAUCUAUGGAUGCUUCAGAUGUUCAGGUUAUUUUGGAUGCUGCGAAACAAGACGGCUGGAAGGAUCGGGGUUCAUUCCUGGGCGUUCUUGAGCUGUGUCGUCUUUCUGCUGAACUUGAUCUUGCAACGCCUGCUGGACUUGAUUAUCCGCAACUAGUGCUCGAUUAUGCUAGACAGUAUGCCUCCAAACUCACAUGCUUUGAUGACUUGCGACCUUACUUUGGUUCAUUAAAUGCUUCUCACCGCGACAUGUUGCUUGAAUGCUUUUCGACGCGCGAAAUUCUCACAUCAGAACCACUAGUCUAUCAAAGAAUCAAUGCAGGUAAAGUGUCUCUUCUUUUCGACACAAUCGGCUGUAGUUUCUCAGUUGAGGAACUUUUGAAAGCACAUGAAGAAUCUCUCCAGCACGUACGCCUUCCUUCCACUGAGAUGCAGCCCGGUGAUGAUCUUGCUCUAAUGGCUGCUUACAAGGCGCUUUUGUCCUCACCUGACACCAAGGGUCUUGUUCAAGCCGCGUCCAUCGCUUCUUCCGCAUGCCAAAAAAGUGAGCACGCUUAUAAACUUCGAAUAUUUUUGAUUCGAGUGCUUCUCCGCCUUGGUUGUCCCAGGAUGGCCAUGAAUCAUUUACAUACUCUAAAGCUGAAGGCUGUACAACUAGACACUGUUACCCACGUUGCACUUGAUCGUAACGCUUCAUUCGGAGGCUCCCAUGCUGCUGAUGUGACUAACGAGUGGGAAUCAAAUAUCAAAGGCUUCUAUGAUCUAAGCUCGUUUGAAGUUCCUGAGGCUGUUGGACGUGCUUUUUUGAAUGGAAAAUUUUCGCAAGUAUCUGAUUUAUGCGAAUUCCACGACUGUAUUGAGGGAUCGUAUGCCCGCAUUAUCCUCUUGCUUGACAUUAUCCAAGGCAAACUGGUUACUGAAAACCUUGCCGAAAAUGAGCGAGCCUUUGCUGUCGAAUUGGUUCAUGACUUCAAGCGAAAAAUUGAAGGUACGCACAUUGCCUAA